AUGAAUCUUAUUCUCAUCAAGAGGCGACAGAUACGGCGAGUCCGCGCAGGUCCGCCGACCGCCCCUGAGCACGCAGAGACGGCGAGAGGAGACACGGGAGAAGAGGAAGAAAAGCUCUUGGUGGAUCUGCCGAGUGCCGCCGCACAGCACUGCCUUUCUGUUCUUAAAGUUCAGGUCGGAAGCACAGUCAAGGUCGGGGUGUUCAAUGGAGGCGUCUGCACGGGAAAAGUCGUGGCCAUCAACGGUCAAUCGCCAGCAUGCGUCCAAGUCCAGCUGGAGAGAGACAUUGCAAAGGAAGCGUGCGCGUCUCCUGAUUCUCUGAUUGAUCUUCUUCUUGCCAUACCUCGCCCCAAGACGCUCGACAAAAUUCUCCAGGUCAGCGCAACUCUCGGCGUGGGGCGCGUUCUCCUCGUGUGCUCGGAACGUGUGGAGAAAGGUUAUCUUUCGAGCCCGAAGCUCUCGAGAGAAAACAUCGAGAAGCAACUCCAGACAGGCCUCGAACAAGGCGUGUCCACGCGAGUCCCUGAGGUCCAGGUGUUCGCCUCCUGGCAAGCCCUCAUGGCGUUUUUGCGCCGGUCGUAUUUGCCGUGCCCCGUCCACUCCCAGAAGGCGAGAGGCGCGGAAGACAGCGAAGGCCAUUCCUUUUCUUCGCGAUCCGAAGCAGGAAACCGGUCCCCGGUGACUGCUGUUCCUUCUGACGCGUCGCGUGCUUGCGGCGACAAGGCCAGACAGGACAGUCCAGAGCACGUACAGCCGAAUAAAUCUACCAGUUCGUGUCUUUGCGGCAAUGAGGGAGAACGGACAACUGCAGAGAGCGGCGAGCUGCUCUGCGAGCGGGACGAACAGAAGGACCCUCGCGAAAUCCCGUGGUGUUGUUUCACGAGCGCAGUCGGACGUUCUCGCCGCCUGAUUGCCCACCCCGGAGUAGACGCCACGCUGGGCUCCAUAAAAAUGCACGCGCACUCAAGAGGAAGAGUUCUCGUUGCCAUCGGUCCCGAGGGCGGAUGGCUAGACCAAGAAGUGCUCGAGCUGAGCGAAACGCAAGGCUUUGAGUUUUUCUCUCUAGGCGACCGAGUGCUCCGGUGCGAAACCGCGGUCGUCUCCGUCAUUGCUCAGCUGAAUAUGCUUCUACAGGAUGUGACGCUUCGCGCUGGACUCCCACCUGCGUGUGACAUCCCGGAGGGGGAGUGCGAGGCGUUCCCAGUUUUUCAGGGAAGUGUUUCGAUGGACGCGUGUUCCGACCGGAAUUCACCUAAAACAGAGCGGCGCGCAACGGCGGGCGACCACGAAACACCUGCCGGACGAGCAGAGUGCGAAGAGCGCCCUCGUUAUCUUCCCGCUUCUUCACCCAGUUGUGGAGGAACGACACAGCCCUCUAAAAAGGGAAGAAGCAGGGACGGGGUGCGCCAAAUUCACUGCGACGAGGAUGGACGGGUCAUUGUGUUGCCACAGAAAUUCUCGCAACACAGGCCAGCAGCUGUGUCGCCAGCGCCGGGAGAAUAG